GAGAGAGAGAGAGAGAGAGAGAGAGAGAGAGCGAAAGAGACAGCGCGAGCGAGAGAAAGUGAGAGAAAGCAGGGGAAAGAGAGAGAGAGAGAGCAAGCAAAAGCAAAAGAGAGGGAGAGCCAGAGAGAGAGAUAGUGCGAGAGAGAGAGAGUGAAAGAGAGAGAGAGCAGGGGAAAGAGAGAGAGGGAAAGAGCAAGCGAAAGCAAAAGAGAGGCAGAGCCAGAGAGAGAGAUAGUGCGAGAGAGAGAGAGUGCGAGAGAGGGAGAGGUUGAGCAUCUCUGGAUCAGGCGGAGACUGAGGAGGAGAAACAGCAGAGCAUCGUUCAGUCCAGCUCCUCAGGAGAUCCAUCUCGGUCAGCAGCGACCAGCGAGCGUCAGCGUCUCCGUCCUCCAUCUCCAUCGAGCUUCGACCCGCAGCCAUGAACUUCCUGCGCCGUCGCCUCUCCGACAGCAGCUUCAUCGCCAACCUGCCGAACGGCUACAUGACCGACCUGCAGAGACCAGAUCCUCCUCCACCUCCUCCUCCCAGCGCCUCCUCGGCCCAGGCUCCGUCCUCCACCACUCCGGGUCAGGCCACGUCCCCUGCUCCUCCUCCUCCCGCCGCAUCUGCUGCUCCCGCUGCCCCCGCUGCUGCUCCCGCCGUGCCUCCGUCUGCCUCUCCGGUCCCCGAGCGCCGUCCCCAGGCCGCUCCGACCGGCUCGGGCUUUUUCAGCUCCAUCACCAACGUGGUGAAGCAGACGGCAGCCUCGGCGGGUCUGGUGGACCACAGCAGCGUUCCCACCUCCAAGAAGUUCAAGGUGCUCCUGGUGAUCGACGAGCCUACGCAGGAAUGGGCGAAGCUGUUCCGGGGGAAAAAGAUCCAGGGAGAAUACGACAUCCGAGUCGAGCAGGCUGAAUUCUCGGAGAUUAACCUGGUGGCCCACACCAACGGAACGUGCAACGUGGACAUGCAGGUCAUACGCAACGGAACUAAAGUCGUUCGGUCCUUUAAACCGGACUUUGUGGUGGUCAGACAGCACGCGUAUAGCAUGGCUCAGAACGAGGACUUCCGCAACCUGAUCAUCGGCCUGCAGUACGCCGGGAUUCCCAGCGUCAACUCACUCGAGUCCAUCUACAACCUCUGCGACAAGCCCUGGGCGUUUGCUCAGCUGCUCAACACCUACAAGAAGCUGGGACCUGAGAAAUUCCCCCUCAUCGAGCAAACCUUUUACCCCAACUACAAGGACAUGAUCUCCAUGCCUACGUUCCCUGUGGUGGUGAAGAUCGGACACGCCCACUCUGGCAUGGGGAAGGUUAAAGUUGACAAUCACAGCGACUUCCAAGACAUUGCCAGUGUGGUCGCCAUCACGCAGACCUACUCGACUACAGAACCUUUUAUCGACGCCAAGUACGACAUCAGGGUCCAGAAGAUCGGAAACAACUAUAAAGCCUAUAUGAGAACGUCCAUUUCUGGCAACUGGAAGUCAAACACUGGCUCAGCCAUGUUGGAGCAAAUAGCCAUGACAGACAAGUACAAGAUGUGGGUCGACAUCAGUUCGGAAAUCUUCGGAGGCCUGGACAUCUGCGCGGUAAAAGCCAUACAUGGGAAGGAUGGGAGGGAUUACAUCACUGAGGUGGUGGGUUCCUCCAUACAGCUGAUCGGCGAGCACCAGACCGAGGACAGGCAGAUGAUAGCCGAUGUGGUUCUGGCAAAAAUGAACCAAGUGCCAACUCGAGGACCUGUUCGAACUCAGAGGGCACAAUCCCUGGUCGAACAACCACAGAGCUCUGUCUCAAAGGAAGGCCAUGCUGACCCCAACAAGCCUCUAUCCCAGCGUGUACCUCCCCAAGGUGCACCAGCAAAACCUAUGGAGCCAAAACCUAGGAAUCAAGAGCCUAAACCCAAAAAUCAAGAGCCUCCAUCCAAGUCGACUUCCAGUGCUCCUGCUCCGGAUCCCAAACCUAAAUCAGCUCCGUCUGCAACUCCUCCACCCACAACCCAGCAGCCUAAAGCCAACACUCAAGCUUCACCGGCUCCAGCACCAGGAAAACCGACUGAGCUGCCCCCAAAGCCUCAGCCUCCAAAACCACUGCCACCAAAACCUGUGCCUCCGGUGCGGAGAAACUCUAAGCCUCAGCUCCAGCCCAAGCCCCAGACCCCACCUCCGGUCAAGGCUCCGGGUAAGGUCCAACCUGAGGCAGCGGAUCAGGGACAAACCCAGUCGGAUUCAGCUCCGGGACAGGUCCAGUCCUCGACAAAGGUCUCUGCUAAAUCUCAGUCUCCCACUAAACCCCAGGUCCAAACCAAACCUGUGCCUAAAGAGCAAGCUCAGGCCGAAGUCCCGGCUCAACCCAUGGCUUCAUCUGAGUCAACACCCCCAGCUCCUGCACCGUCAGCUGUGGAGGAACAGCCUGGACCACAACAGAAGUCAUCACAUCCUUUCUUGAAUAAAUCCCAGUCCCUGACCAAUGCCUUCAAUGCCUUUGGAGAGACCUUCCGUUCCAGUAACGAAGACGAGGCCAAGGCGGAGACCAUCCGAAACCUGAGAAAGUCUUUCGCCAGCCUGUUCUCCGACUAAUGACAAGUCUGUUGGCUGUGGACUUGAUUGAGAAAAAGUGUGUCCUGGUCCGAGGUUAACUCUGUGUAGCUGUACUACAUCAUACCCUCCUCCCAACUCUGCUUUAAAUGUUCGAAUGUCAAUAAACAAGUGAAGCGUGACGUACAGUGAUUGUCCUGGCAAGCUGUAAUGUGAGAUUUGCACUGGACUAAAAAAAACACACACCAUUGUCAUGCAUAUAAUGGGGAGGCCAUUAAUGUUCAGAUGCAUGGUUGUGACUAAAUGGAUGUCUAAGGCAAUCAAGUGCAAAGAGCCAGACGAGUUCUGAUGUUGUCUGUUACAUUAUCCCUCGAUGUUGUAGCCUUAUUGUGGAAGUGUGUUUCAGUUGCCCAAAGACAAAAUAUUUGUGAGUAGUUUCCCCUCGUCUCGCCCAUGCAGUGUGUAUAUCUAGCUAAUCUGUUGUAACAUGAGAUAUUAGUUUGACAAUACCUCGACUGGACAUUUAUACAAGCACUUUCCGAUCCAAGUUUCCGACCAUAUGCAGUGCUUGGACGGGUCUGAUUUUAAUGCAGUAGUGACGUUUCAGUGGAAUGCCUGGUGUUUUUUAGGUGUGGCUUGAGUUCCUCACGUAUCACCAUGUUAGACUGCUCAUCAGUGCCAUGUAGUAACUUUACAUAUUGUGUUGUAUUGUAUGUUCGGCAUCUCAGGAGGUUCGUUUAUUUCUGGUGUCAUAUAGUGUUCAUGUUGUGUUUUCUUUGGUCAAAGUAUUACUUGCUUUGCAUGACCAAGUGACGGUUGUUUUUCUGUACAGAUGUCAAUAAAUAUGUGGCACUUUAUUCCUCUAA